CUAAGAAGAAGGCAUUAGAAAUAGAGGAAUACAGAAGGGAUAAAAACCUUAACAAGAAAAAGGAUUCAACCAUACCUGAAGAAAAUCAGCAAGCAAGUAAAGCAGAUGUAGAUAUCGAUAGUUUCGUAAGUGGACUAGCUGUACUAAGCAUCAACCGUGUUGAGAAUGAAGAAAAAUUGAGCCGAAAAACAAGUUCCAAAAAGAAUGAUGAAUACUUAAAAAUAGAACUGUUAAACGAGAAUGAAUGUGGGGAUGUACAAGUAUUUGGUAAGAGAAAAAGAGAAAAUGAUGUUAAUGAGACGAUACCAUUGAAUAAAAAAGAGAAGAUUCGAGAAGCAACACAUGAUAAUGAAAAG